AUGCGAUUGUUACUGUUGAGUUUCUCGUUGUUUAUCUGGGGCAUUGAAGCUGAGCGACCAAAGGAAAAAGAUCAAGCAGGCGUACAUUUAGCAAGAUUAGCUGACAUUGGUGAAGGCUGUGAUCGAAGCGCUCAACACGGUUUUGGUAUUGUUGACGGUUUUGUCGAGCAUUGCGAACGCUACAAUGCUGCUCAACUCAAUAACUCCUUGCAAGCCGAAUAUGAGACUUGGAGAUGCGCGCAUCUUCGGUUGAAAGCUCGAUUGACUGAUGGUGUCUGUAAAUGCACUGCGAAUUGGUAUGGAGCAUUCUGUCAUCUCUCAUCGCUUUGUGAUAAAGGUGCAAACAAGACGAGCAGAGCUUGGUUCAAUGGAAAAUGUACUCCAAAUGCUUGUUAUCAUGGUGGAGACAUCGCUGUAGGCAAAAAUAUGGUCGAGUGCACGUGUCCGGUUCCAUGGGACGGGCGACACUGUGAGCGGUUGGCGUGCUGGAGGAAGACGCAACAGCAUUUCGAGAAGCGUUUCCGAAACGUGAACAGCACCGAGUGCAUUUGCGGGGAUCACUACACGGGAAAGGAUUGUGAUCAGAUUAUCAGUUGUUUGCAUGGAAAUUUCACUCAAGAAGUCGGAUAUCCGGGAAGAUGUGACUGCAAGUACGAGUGGUUUGGCGAGAUUUGUGAUCGCCGAAAGACGUGCACUUUGAACAAGGAAACCAAUGAGAAAGUGUGUUCCACCGGAAUGGAGACCUCAUUCCUCUUCUCAUCGCUUCUCUCAUUGACCAUUUUCUCACUUUUCUUCCGCUCA